GGAAGUCUGAUGCGAAUGGCGGCCCGUAGUUCCCGACGAUACCCGGCUGCUGCGCCGUUGCUGAGGCACCGAAGUGGGAGGAGGAGGAGGAGGACGCAAGGAGCCGGACAUCAGGGAUGGAAAUAGGAACUGAAAUCAGCCGCAAGAUCAGGACCGCCAUUAAGGGAAAACUGCAGGAGCUUGGGGCUUAUGCAGAUGAGGAGCUACCUGAUUACAUCAUGGUUAUGGUAGCCAAUAAAAAGAGCCAAGAUCAGAUGGCAGAAGAUCUUGCUCUCUUUCUGGGAAACAACACUGUCAAAUUUACUGUUUGGCUGCAUGGUGUCCUUGACAAGCUACGCUCUGUAACAGUUGAACCCACCAGUUUAAAGCAACAGUCAAGCUACACCAAUUGUAACGUGUUGCUUCCUUCGGAGAAGAGUCAAGCAGCAGUCAGUGGAAGUACUGAUCAAAGUGGCGAUGUUCGUAUUCUUGCUGUUUCUAGCACACUUCCUGAAAGAAAUGAUUCUCGGGUUUCUACCAGCUCAUUACAAGAGCAGACAAUGCCCAAUAUCCGAACAAAUUCUGUGGAGAGGAGCACAUCUCAGUUAACAUCUACAGUGAAGCCUUUAAUGGAACUGGUCUCCUCCGAAGCAGUAAUUGAUAUUAAACCUGAGCCCGAUGAUCUUAUAGAUGAGGAUCUUAACAUUUUGCAGGAAUUUCCAUCAUCAUCUAAGAAGAAACCUGUGGUGACAGUUAGCUACAAUAUAUCUCGUCCAUCACUUGAGGUCCUUAGGCCAGAAGAAAAUGUUUCACAUCCAUGCAAGGCAACUGAGAAUAGCAUUCAGUCUUUCAGGGUGCCUCAGAACAAUGUGCAGCCAUGUAAGUUAGGAGAAAGCAACUUCCAUGGUUAUAAGCCAUUGGAAAAUACUGGCCAUCCUUACAGAUCAUAUGAAAGCAACUUGCAAGCUUUUAACAGGUUAUCAGAAAGUGAUGUGCAGGUUUACAGGGCAUCAAAGUCUAACUCUGAUCGAUCAAGUAGAGAUGAUGAGAGUUCCAGGAAGAGAAAGGCGGCAAUCAUCAGUUCUGUGGUUAAAAUAAACAAGACUAGUGAUGGUGAGGAAGAUGAUGACGAUUUUGGCACAAGAACAGGAAGUCUUUCGAGCAGUAUCUCUGUGCCAGCAAAGCCUGAAAGAAGGCCUACUUUGCCACCUUCUAAACAGGCCAAUAAGAAUCUAAUAUUAAAAGCUAUCACAGAGGCCCAGAAAUCUGUAAGCAAGACAACAAGCUAUCCACCAGUAGUUUCACAGAGACAGACAGUACCUGUGGCUCCUAGAACUCGGGCCAUACGUGAAAGCGAUGAAAUUGAAGUGAUUAACGUAGAAGACAAACCACAUCAGCAUGAUUUACAACUACAAAUCAAUAAAGCGGAACAACCUAUACAAAAGUAUUACCUGAAGUCACCAGAAGCAAGACCAGGUGGCGACACUAGAUCAUUUAUCUUGAAGAAGCCUGUAUUGGAAGGAAUGGAACCACAACUCCAGGGAAAGGUUGCAGUUUAUGUGGAAGGUGCAUUAGCAGAACAAGAUCGUGUGGUACAGGCCAAAGAUCAACAUGACUCUGAGGAAUCAAGUCCUAAAUUUAUUGUGACAUUGGAUGGCAUUCCAAGUCCUCCUGGAUAUAGUUCAGAACAAGACGAGGAGACUGAGUCAAUGGAGCAAGGUGGUCUUUUGCAAGAGGCAGGAAGGAAAUACAGAUUAUCGAUACCGAAUGCUGCUCAGCCGUUGAGAGAGUCUGAUGAAGAGAUUGAUGACAAUGACUUUCAAGUAAAGCGGCAGAAAGUUCUUGAGCGAUGCAAGUACUGGCCUGCAUGUAAAAAUGGUGAUGAAUGUAUAUAUCAUCAUCCUGUAGCUUCAUGCAAAACAUUUCCAAAGUGUAAAUUUGGAGACAAGUGCCUGUUUAUACAUCCAAAUUGCAAAUAUGACUCCAAGUGUAUUCGACCAGACUGUCCAUACACACAUGCAAGCAAACGAACUGCAGUAGUGCCUAAACAGCCAGCACCUGCAACAAACCCAGGCAGUUCUUUGUGUCGAUUCUUUCCGGAUUGCAAAAAAGUGGAGUGUCCUUUUAUCCAUCCAAAGCCAUGUCGAUUCAGCACACACUGUAAGAGAGCUGACUGCACAUUCUACCAUCCUGCAGUAACAUUACCUCCUCGCCAUGCAUUAAAAUGGACCAGGUCUCAACAAAAUGGUGAAUGAUGUUUGGAUCAUGCAGGAUCGCAUAUUAUGGAUAUGACAAAGCUGCAAAUAUUUGAAGAUGUAGCAUUUUGCAAUUUUUUUAUUGUCCUUCCAAUAUUGUUUAACAUUGAGAUUCAAACAUUUUAAUUGUACAAGUAACUUUCUCCUGUGUGAUUUGACUAGAUUAUUUUUUUCCAUAACCUAGAUGCCGUGUCGCUAAGAUUAUUCAGUGGUGGGUUUUAAAGGUGCAUUUUGUAACUUGUGUUUUGUGCUGUUCUGGAGUUUUCUACUGGAUGGUGAAAUAUCCAAAGAGAAAUGCCAAUGUCUGAUGUAAUACCCCUUUUGUUAACAACAAAGUGAUUCUACAGUAAAAGUUGAUUAAGGCGCUUGUUUAAUGAAUCAGUCACUGUUGUAGUGUUUUUUGCAUCACCUCUGUUUUUAACUUAUGUUCACGUAGGUCUUUGUCAUUCAGCAUAUUUUUUAAAAAUUGGCCACUGAUUAGGUAUUGAAAUCCCUUUGCGAUAGUAAUUGUAUUUCAGGAACAGUAAAUAGUCUUGAUACUUAUGGCACGCCACACCUCCUUCCUCCUGGCCCACAAUGGUCAUGCCACUGUGUCCCAGGAGUUUGAAACUAGUAGGUGAAUGUUUAGGACACAGAAUGACACUUGCUGUGACUUGUUGUGACAGAACACACUAAAGAAACACUCAGUCAACUCAAAUGUUAUAUUUUAUAACUAUUUUACUUUCAUUGGAUUUUGAAUUCCUUUUUUGAAAAUGUUCAAGUUGCGAAUUGUCUAGUGCCUUGAAAUACGGUAUUAAAUUCAAUAACUCGGUCACACAUUUGUGUUAUAUGUUCUCUGAAUCUGGAAGUGCCCUGUUCAGUGUUAAUCAUUAGAAGCUGAAGUUAUUGAAAUGCUGGCAUGUUUAAUGAAUGGAGGAGCCCACUCUGGUUUUUGUUGUGGAAUUGCUUAGAAUCUUGGUUAUUGGUAUAAAAGUAUGAUUGCUAGUAGCAUAAAUCAUAUUCAACUGGUUGUACAGUUCAUUUAAAAGUUAUUUUGCAUUUAACUACAAAAUCUGCAGAGUGUAGAAUCUGAGUCACCCAGUUGCAUAGACCCAGGCUUGUGUCUUACUGUCUUGGCUAAGUUGAAUAAAUCUGUGACUUGUUUGCAAAUUCUAGAAUGAUUCAAGCCAAAAAGUGCCUGAGAAAUAACAUUUGUAUAUAUUUACGCUUGUAGAUACUAAUUGUAAUAUUUUGAUAGUGUUUUUACAUUUCCAUUUACACUCUAGCAUGUAUGUGGUGAUCACAUUGUUUCGAAUCAAUACAUCAGCACUCCCCUUUCUACAAGUAGUCCAUACUAAGGGAGUUGAUGAUGACACAUUUUGUUUUUCUUGUGCAACAGUCUAUUAGCAGGACUCCAUUAGGAAUCUUGUUCUUGUCUAUUUGUCUUUUUAUGUCAUUUAAUUUCAGGAAUGUUAUUGGGAAGUACAAGAGGUACAACAAAAUCAGGAAAUAAAAAUUGCUAGACUUCAUUGACUUCAAUGGCACAAUGCACAAUUUCAAGUAUUCAAGUUACAAUAAUGCCAUUUGAUAUUGCAUAAGUUAUAGUAAAUUAUGGUUACCAACAGUGCAAUUACUUGAAACAGGUUUAAAUUAAUUCAGUAUAAUUUAUCACGCUGAUUCAUUUACAACAAUAAACCAUUGGAAUGGACUUCAAUUAUAGAUGAAUAAAAUACUGAGUGUUAAA